CACAGCCUGAUGCAGUACCUGAAUUUCCCCAGCCUGCUUGAACCUCUCUGUCCUCUUCCAGAAUCAUCGCCUUCGUCUUCAGCAACAGCACGUAACCAGCAGCCUUAAGGUUACCUAUCGCGCGAGCGACAGAAACUUAGUCCCCCGUCCACCCACGGCGCUGCCCGCAAUCGCCCACCGCCCAACAUGGACGCCGGAGACGACCAAGUUCCCGUCACCCACGACGACGAGCACCACCAGCAGCAACAACAGCAGCAGCAGCAGCAGCAGCAGUUCCAUAACCAACCCCAGCGCAAUGCCCAGGUCGACAAUGCGAUUCGCGCAAUCCGCCAGAAGAAGCCGCUGCCCGAGAUCGACUUCACCAUCCAUACCAUGGAGGAUGGCUCUGACGUUAACACCACUGAGCGAGUCUGCAAAGAUGUCCAAGCCCCUGCCAUGUUCAAGCCUACCGACGAACAGUUCUUCGAGGACGACACUCAUGCCAAACCAAAUAUUACCUUCCUGAAGCAGCACUUCUACCGCGAGGGCCGACUGACCGACGAACAAGCUUUGUGGAUCAUUAAAACGGGCACUGAGCUUCUGCGGAAAGAACCCAAUCUCCUCGAGAUGGAUGCUCCUAUCACAGUAUGUGGUGAUGUACACGGCCAAUACUACGAUCUCAUGAAGCUCUUUGAAGUUGGUGGCGACCCCGCCGAAACAAGAUAUCUGUUCUUGGGUGACUACGUCGACCGAGGCUACUUCAGUAUCGAAUGUGUCCUAUAUCUAUGGUCUCUAAAGAUACACUAUCCCACAACACUCUGGCUGUUGCGUGGAAACCACGAAUGUCGCCACUUGACCGAUUACUUCACAUUCAAGCUCGAAUGCAAGCACAAGUAUUCUGAGGCCAUCUACGAGGCCUGCAUGGAGUCCUUCUGCAGCCUCCCCCUUGCUGCUGUUAUGAACAAACAGUUCUUGUGCAUUCAUGGAGGACUUAGCCCGGAAUUACAUACUCUCGACGACUUGCGCAACAUCGACCGGUUCCGUGAACCACCUACCCAAGGUUUAAUGUGUGACAUUCUCUGGGCUGACCCUCUGGAAGAUUUCGGUCAGGAGAAAACGAAUGAAUUUUUCAUGCAUAACCACGUACGAGGCUGCUCCUACUUCUUCUCAUACCACGCCGCUUGCAACUUCUUGGAAAAGAAUAAUCUUCUGUCUAUUAUCCGAGCGCACGAGGCCCAAGACGCCGGGUACCGAAUGUAUCGCAAAACAAGAACUACGGGAUUUCCCAGCGUCAUGACCAUCUUCUCUGCUCCCAACUAUCUCGAUGUAUACAACAAUAAGGCUGCUGUGCUGAAGUAUGAGAACAACGUGAUGAACAUUCGACAGUUUAAUUGCACACCGCACCCUUACUGGCUGCCCAAUUUCAUGGAUGUCUUUACAUGGUCUCUGCCUUUUGUGGGAGAGAAGAUUACCGACAUGCUUAUUGCUAUCCUUAGCACCUGCUCUGAAGAGGAAUUGCGUCAACCAGACACACCUUCGACUACCACCGGCCCUCAUUCUCCCCCGCUUGCCAGCCCAGCAGCUGAUGCGUCCUUGGAGGCUAGAAAACGUGCUGUCAAGAAUAAGAUCCUGGCGAUCGGGCGCAUGUCACGAGUCUUCAAUGUCCUUCGUGAAGAAUCCGAAAGGGUUACUGAGCUUAAGACAGUCACCGGUGGGCGACUACCGGCAGGUACAUUGAUGCUUGGCGCAGAGGGAAUUAAGAACGCCAUAACAAGCUUCGAAGAUGCCAGGAAAGUGGACAUACAGAACGAGAGGCUGCCGCCAAGCCAUGAAGAGGUCGUCAAGACCCAAGAGGAGGAACGUCAACAGGCUCUGGAGCGGGCUUCUCGAGAAGCCGAAAAUGACACAAAGCUGCAUUCACUUUCUCGCAGACUUAGCAUGGAUCGUAAGCGAACAUAAAAGCACCGUGUUUGUAUGCUAGCUAGUGUACGGUAGCGGGAUGAUGACGAAUUAGAUGAUUCAGUUAAUACCAUUCACUGU